UUGACUAUUUGACCUGAUGUCCCUUAUUAACUUGUUUUUGUCCUGUGUGCCGCUGGUUGUCCCUCCUUUUGCUGAAAGAAUACACUCAUUGCUCCAUCGGCUACAUCACUGAAGUCAACAUGUUUCUCACUGAAGAACUCGAAUGUGUCGUGUGCUGCAAUGAGUUCUCCCGCAGUUACAGGAUCCCACGAGUCCUCCACUGCAACCACACUUUCUGUGCCCCCUGCUUGGAGAAACUAUCUCGGUCAUACAGUGUCAUCCACACUAUCCCCUGCCCUCUGUGCCGCUUCAUCACCUGCACAAAGGCCAGCCUGUCCCCGUCGGGGGCCCUGCGGGUCAACAUAGAGAUCUGGGACCAGAUCGCAGAGGAGCAACAGGGGAGGAGGUGUGAAUCAGUGGAGGAGUUGAAUGAUACAAAGACCUAUGUUGACACUCCAAAAACUAUUCAGCUGUGUGCUGUCUCAACUUGAUGGACCUGAUGAAUGUGAUGGCAUGUCUCACUGCAAGUCGUUGCGGUGCUGCAUGUAAUGGACAAAGUGGUGGAAAGUAAGAACAUUUACCCAAGUGCUGGACUUAAG